UUACCUGUUUCGUCGUUGCUUUUAACUCUCAGUUUGCGAGGCCGGCCCCGCGGCAUAGUUCCAGUACUCAGGGCGGGUGUGCUGUGAACGAUUUGCUUUUCAAAAUGGCGACACGGUCAUCUGUAGACAGCAUCGUACCCGUGAAGACUCACAGCUGCGCGGAGUAGGGAGACAUCUACCGUUUGGUUCAUUGUACAUGCACCUUAAGUGUUUCUUCUCCCAGGUGUGGCAGAAUCUCCCCCCGCGCUGUCAGAGAGCACUGUCCUGAUCCAUGAAACCAAUCAUUCUUCGGCAUCAUGGAAACAGCAUCUGACAGCCGCGGUCGCCAUGGGCGUCCUCCCCUGUGACCAUUGUCAGCGGGGGACCAGAGAGUUGAACGAUAUACAGUACAGCAUUAUGUGACCUGGAAACUGCUGUGGUGCUUAAAAACUGAGGAAAAUAAAGAAAAGCCAAUAAAAAGAAGAAAACAAGUGUGAAGUUUUAGCUAUCCUGAUGAAAAGACCUUUCAAAACGUCCCUCCACUGGCAAAAUGAUGACCUGGAAUUGAGUGAAAACCUUCACUUUAUCCUGACAAAGAGAUUGUUAAAGCGAAGUUAUGAUUUAUACGCUGAUACUUAUUUAGCCUGAACAAUUUACUACAAGUGUCUAAAUGAAUGAUAAAGCUACAUACAUUGAUUUCUAUGGUGCCAGUGGCACAAAGAUAAUUUGAGCUGCUGAUUCAUUGACAGUGCUAGAUGAAGAUGGAUAGAUGGUGUUGCGCCCAGUAACUGGAGAGUGCUAAAUGAGCUGCUGUGUAAGCAGCUUAAUCUCUGGAUGACUGAAGGCAGAUAGCAUUUUAACUGACCAACAAAAGCACGCAAGACAUUCUUAGAUGUGCAACUGCAGAUAACAGUAGGUUCAAGUUUUAUCGAGCUUGUAAAAGGCCACAUAGACAGGGUAGUUUAAUUUGUACAAUGAAUCCUAGAGACAGUGUGGAGAUGAUGGAGACCCAGGCAGGACGUCAGAAGGAAAAGCUGGUUGGAGACAAGGUCAAUCCUGAAAAUGAUGUUGAUGGAGAGGAUGACAAAAUCCCCGGGGCUUAUGACUGCAACAUCUGUGGACGCAGCUUCCCGUUCCUCAGCUCUUUGUCGCAGCAUAUGAGACGCCACACAGGUGCGCGCCCUUACAAAUGCCCGUACUGUGACCACAGGGCUUCACAGAAGGGCAACCUUAAAGUUCACAUUCGCAGCCACAAACUGGGCACGCUCUCUAGCCACCACUCCAAUGAGGAUGAAGAGGGUGGGGCCGAGGAGGAGAUGAGUGUUUCAGAGGGUCUCGAUGGAGGUACGAGUCCAACUAAGAGCAGCUCAGCCUGUAACCGGAUGAUCAAUGGGGAUAGUAGUGAAGAGAGUCGGAGGAAAGUGCCUGGGAGGAGCAUGAAAAGAGAGAAGUCUGUCACCGACCAGAGGCCUUACUGUUGCCGUCUGUGUGGCUACGAGGCCUAUCGAGAAGACCAGCUCCUCAGCCAUAUAGAAAAAGUCCACAUAACGGCAGACACAGAAGAGGAGACCACUGUUAAGGAAGAGGCUGUGGCCGAACCUGAUGUCCUCCAACCCCAGAGUGAUGGGACCUUCCCCUGUGAGACCUGUGGCCAGGUCUUUACCCAGGCCUGGUUUCUAAAGUCACACAUGAAGAAACAUGCAGGGAUCCUGGAUCACUGCUGUCGUAUUUGUGGACGACGGUUCCGCGAAGCAUGGUUUCUCAAAUCGCACAUGAAAACACACAACACCAAAUCCAGGUCACGGUCAAAAGCAGAUUCAGCUGAGCAGCCGGCCACCAUCAAUGACGUAGCCCAGGAUCCUGAUAUUGUCUCGGGCGCUGUUACAUCCAUCUAUCAAAUGUGCUCCAAAUGUGGGAACCUGUUCCACACCAGAGAGAGCCUGAGGGCCCAUGAAAAAGUCCACAAUCUCAACUAUGACAGGAAAUCCCAGAGCCAAUGCAGACUCAGUGAUGAUGAGGACUCACCAGCUGCUAAGAGACGUUACCUUGACUACUUAAACCUCCAGCCUGUAGAGGAAAAGACGUUGGAUGAAGAGGAGGAGAGUGAGAAGAAGAUGCUAGGUCAAAGAAUCCCAGAGCUAGAUCCAGUUUGCAGCUAUCAGGCCUGGCAAUUAGCUACUAAAGGAAGGGUUGUGGAGCCAGUGGAGACGAGUUACAAGACCUCCUUUGGGGGAGGAAGUAUGGGGGAGGAUGCCCUCGCCGGAGCUGCUGUGGUUUUUGAGAAGGAAAACAGCCGUUAUGUCCUGCAAGGUCAAGAGAAACGCAGCUCUGGGCGACGCAGCAGCUCUGGUUUGGGAAGCCAUGCUUCUUCAGGUGACCGGACACCAGAGAGCCUCAGCGACUCUGAAUACCGACCUUCGUCUCGCCAGGAUCGACGGCGACAUUCUCAGUCGCAAGCUUCCUCCAAGUCCAACGAGUGCUUUGAGUGUGGGAAGGUGUUUCGCAGUCGUCAUCAGAUGAUUGUCCACCAGCGGGUCCACAGGAAGGACGGAGGUAGGGCAUCUGUGGGAGACAAGGAAAGAACUGCUAGAGACGACAGAUGGGGCUCCACCAGUGAUCCCGAGUCAGGCUCUCCUAGCCGGCCCAGCACCCCAGGAUAUGGAGACUCUCCACCAGCCUCCACGAUGGGAGACCAGGCCUCAGAGAUGGGUACAACAAACUCUCGAGAUAUUGCAGAUGAGAAGCCUUACACCUGCAGCCUUUGUGACUUUGUCACCACAGAGUUGAAGACCUACUCGACUCAUGUUCGUGUUCAACACCCAGCUGCCCCCGAACAUAGACCCAGCCCUAUUCCCAGCCCUAGCUCCAGCUCAGACGGACGCACCCCCAGUGGUUAUCCCAAGCUGAAGAAAGCUCUUCUUCAGGGGUUGAACAACUCUGCAUCCCCUCCUGCCUACAUUUCAGCUCGAGCCUCCCCACUCGAUUCCAGCAUGACCCCUGUGGAUCUAUGUGUGAGGGCUGAGGGCUACAGGGGCAUAGCCUCCCUAAACCUGGACAGGAAGGGCCUCCCUAACCACAAGUGCUCCUUUUGCUCACACUCCACCCGCUACCCAGAGGUGCUCUGGAUGCACCAGACGGUGGCUCACCGCAUUAACAGCAGUAGCUCCAAUCUUGCUCCUAAAUGGGCCCUGAAAAACAGCUCCAAGGGCUCCAGGGAUAACUUAUUAUCCUCCAGGAGACGUACUGGUCCCCCACCAGUCCUGGAGGGAAAGGAGUGUCCUCUGCUGCCUCCACUGACGCAUGCCCAACGCACACGGCCCCCAACAAACUCCAGCGAGGUUGUAAAGAAGAGCAGGCCAGCCAGUCAUGCCACCACACCAUCAUCCUCCUCUUCUACCCCUUCCUCCUCGUUCUCCAGGGGCUCUUCAUCCACCUCAGGCACCCAAGCUGGGAGAGUCCCCGUCCGGCCAAUCAGCAACACCAGCAGCAGCACCAGCAGCACCAGCAGCAGCGUCAGACACACAGAGGACCAGAGUCAUCAGUCUCGCUUCAGACCCAAAGUGGAUAUCUACCCUCGGGGAGGCUCUUUGUCUUCCUCCAGCUCCUUGGAGAAGAGCACUGGCGCCCCCUCACAUUCCUCAGCCCCAAGCUCCAGCUCUGCUGCUGUAUCCAGGAUUGCCGACCGCUAUUUGAUGCCUCAAGAGGGGCUGGGCUUCAUGCUUUCCAGCAAGCAUGGCCUAGCAGAGUACAGCCGAGCUAGGGGUUCCCCUCAUCAGCCGCUUCCCAACUCCCACAGCCAGGGCCGGGCUAAUGUUAGGAGGCCCAGCACAAUCACCGCCAACCAUAGCUCCACAGCAGGACACAACUACGGAGCCUCCCAGGCACAUGGAGGCACUCUGCAAAAUUCCUCCUCCUCCACUUCUUCUUUACCUUCAGAGGAUCGUGGAGAUGCGAAGCAGGAGCCAAUCGCAGAGACACCAGAGAUGCCAAGUGACAUCCUCAGCUUCUUCAAAAACUACAGCCCCCAUGAACUGGCUAACCUCUACCACCGCUGGGGUGCAGCCAAUGCACUGCUGGAUCCCACUGGCAUGCUGAGGUCUCUCAUGCGGCAGGGACAGUAUUUCUGUCAUGAGUGCGGGAAGAGUUUCAGUCAGCCCAGCCACCUGCGCACUCAUAUGAGAUCCCAUACAGGGGAGAGGCCAUUCUGCUGCCGGCUCUGCCCAUACCGAGCCUCUCAGAAAGGGAACCUAAAGACGCACGUCCAGAGUGUCCACAACAUGCCUUUUGACAAUAGCCAGUACCCAGACACAAGAAGCUUGUUACUGAGCCAGGAGGAGCGGGGAGCGCUGGCUGCCAAACACCCACCACCACAACAACAACAACAAUAACAACAACAACAACAACAGUAGACCAUCUGAUAGACCAGGGUCUGGGACCAGACAAGUCAGGGAAUCACACAACCUGAAAACACCAUUAAACAUCAGAGGACUGGAAGUAGGACUCCUCUCCACCUAUCAUCCUUUAAAGACCUUAGAAGAAUUAGAAUUUUCUACAAUGAAGUCUCUUGUAGUUUUUUGGAAGAUUUUUCUUUUUGUAAAUUAGAGUUGGUUAAAGCUGUGCUAGGUAAUUUUAAAUCACAAUGUGAGGUUGCGGCAGAGACGAGUUGUCUUAUAGAAAGGAUUUCUGGUGAAAUUCUGCGGUUAGAAAUUCAGGUGUCAGGUGUGCACACAGGCGGGACAUUUUCUCCACGCAGAAGAAAUUAGUGAAAUAAGUGUCACCUGAGCAGGAAAGGCUGGACUCACCAACGAUCGACCUGUUGCUUCUCUUGCUCUUCUUCGAUAUGAAGGUUAGCAAGAAUUAGCAAAUUGUCUAUAGUUUACAUCACCUUAAAGGAUUUCUGAAUAUAGAAGCCCUCAAAAUUCAAAGAGUUACCUCUUGCUGCCAUUUUGGAGGUACCAACAAGCGACGUUGCCUAGUGCAGCUUUACAAGAAAAGCAAAGUUUUUAUGAAAAGAAGCGGAAAAACUGAACUUGAAUGCAACUGCUAGCAUUUUAAUCAAGGACUGUCUCUGUGGCAUUGCAUGGCUGUUGUAGUUGCCCACCCCCCAUUUAAGCUUUAUUGUAUAAGAAUUUGUGCAUUCCUCAGGACACCAAUCUUUAGAGAUGAGAUGAGAGAGAAGAGGCUCUGCAAUUCAUCACCAGUCAACUGACACACUGCAAGUUCAUUUCCUCUGGGUCAAGUCAUGAAGAGGAAGACUUGCAUCUGUGUGUGUGUGUGUGUGUGUGUGAGUGUGUGUGUGUGUGUGUUUCUGCGUGCACAAGUGUGUUAAACUCACUACCCUCCACUCCAGUGUAUAAUAUUAGGAGUGCAGUGACCACUCUGAGGCUGUGUAGCUGAUGAUUAGAAGGAGAGCGAGCGAGAGAGAGAGAGGUAGGAUUGAAAAGAGAGAGAGAGAGAGAACGCUAAUGGGAGUAUCUGCUUUAGUGCUCAUUAAAAAGAGUGUGCGUUUUUAAUAGCCAAUAUAAAUGAACGUACCAUUUUUUAUGGUCAUUCAAUUAUUGUCCAUUUAAGAGGAAGGGACUCAGUGGAGGCAGUUUUCCUCCAUAACUCCUUCAUAUUAGGGAGUGUUUCUGACACUUCUGACUUUGAAUUAGACUGACUCCAAAACAGUGGGAAUGACAGGCUCGGCUGUAGAUUGCACAGACUAAAAUUCCAGCAUGUGCAAGUACUUGCAAGAAAGAAUAUGGUACUGCUAGUGUUAGCCAGCAAAUAUGCAUUGGUUUCAUAUUGCUAAUGGGCAACACUGACUUUUUGGCCUGUUUGGCCUCUAUUACCCAGUAUGUUAUGAAAGCUUUGGUACCAAAACCAGUCAAGUCUCUUUGGUAGAAAGCCUGUCAGUAGCACAGAAUACAUCCAAAACCAAUAUAAUCUGAGGGGUCACGAGAUACUCAACCAGAUAGGGGAGAAUCAAAAACAUACUUCUACACAAAAUUAGGUAUUGUCCUUUACUAACCAUUCUCUUUUUCUUAUAUAUAUUAUAAUUACAGUUAUUAUGUUUUACACAUUCAGGUUUCAAAAAAAGUACUCAGAUUAAACAAUUUUUAACAAAUGAGAAAUUUGAACCACAUGCAAGCCUUUUCCCCUCUUCCAGUCUAUGCGCGAAGCUAACUGGGUGCUAGCUGUAGACUCACAUUUAUUGAACCGACAUGAAAGUGGUGUUGAUCCUCCUGUCUAACUCUUGGCAAAAAAUUAAUAAAUGUAUUUCCCCAAAUGUCACAACAUUUUCCUUUUAAAACCAGCAGGUUUGUAAAAUACUUAGAAUGGACAUAUGAUUCAACACGCCCACUAUAUAUUGGCAUGCUCGUUCGACAGAACAAACAACCAGAGAUGCAGAGCUGACUUUGUGACCAAAAACAUUUAAGCAGACUAAUCAACCAAGCUCCCAUGGCAUCAGUCUAAUUUCUUGAAUGGUGAUGUGAAGAUUUGCAUUCUAGGAGGCGAGAGAGAGGAGGUCUGAGAGAGAGAGCAGCCACAGGUCAGGAGGUCAGGCUUCCUGAGAGUUCAGGUAUGAAUACACGAGAUGGAAACGUUAUAUUGAAUUGUAGAGCCGUCACAGCCUUAACACAGGUGUGUGUGAGAGUGUGCAGUGAUGCGUCUGUAUGUGCAUUCUUUUCAAACCUCUCCAUACUACAUAAGAGGCUGACUAACUUCUGUGUACUCCAGUCUCCCUCUAGAUGCUUUGUAUACUAGCCUACCUCUUUUGCAAUGAAAGCCUGCUUGAAGUUCAUUGGCUGGCAUGAGGAGGGGGACUGUGAUUUGCUUGGAGGAGAUGUAUCCCUGGGCUUGGUUUUCUCUCCACAACGGCCUCCAUGAUUGAUAAAGCCAGGCUUGGGAAAAGAAGUAGAAGAGUAUAGCAAGGGUAGAACGGAGGAUUUGUGGAGACAUUUUUGUACGCAUCAAAUCAAAAUUCAAACCAGUUAAAGAUUACAGAGCAUACGGAGUACUGUACUUAACCGCAGUAGUUUUUACAUGAUGAUGAAAUGGUUGAUUUACCAGUGGGUUGUUGAGUUAUGCAUACAAUACUGUGUGCUUGAAUAUGCCUAAUAACACACAAAUGUGUAUAUUGAAGAUGUGUGUAGUGAAAUACUUGAAAUGGAUACUCUAGCCUUUGAGGUAGUGUAGUACUAAUACCAAUGUUGUACAGAAUUCCCUUUAAGAUUUACUCCUCAGUUAUGAAUUUGUACUCCCAAGUGUGACUUAGAAAAACUAUGAAGCAGGAGUGAGUGUAUGUAAUAUAAACUGUAUAUCUGUAAUCCACUCUUACCAAACCAUUAUAUACAGCGGUAGAAACCAAAUGGCAUUACUAGUGCACUUAGACUAGGUUACUGCUUUAACCGUUCUCAUUUUGUCCAAUUCUAGCUAAGGUUUCUUUGAGAAUGUCUUUUUAAUGGUGCCGGCUAACGCUCUUCAAUGUCAUUUCUGGUUUAGAGGCUUUUUGUUAGAGUCCAUAGAUUUUAAUAACAAAUGAUUUGUUCUGUGAUGGCUGUGUAGCACAGCUUUUUAGUUAUGUUUCCUCAUGGAAAGUUUGAUAAUGCUAGGUGCAGCAGUGCUUAUUUUUUCAUAAAGAUGUAAGAGUGUGUUUUUAGUCUUUCUCUUUGCUAAACUGUAGGAUUUGUUCAGUAGCUAGUCAUGGCUGACCUCCCAGAGGGGCUGGCAGGUGUUGUUCUUUUCUCUUUGGUUGAGUUUUUAUCAUGUCUCUUAAGUUGUAUUAUUUGUGUUCGUUUUUAUUAUUAUUUGUUAUGAACUUCAUGAUUAAUUUACCUUAGACAUUAUUAUUCAAAAUGUAUUUGGUUGAUAUCUGUAUUUAUUAUCACUUCAAAAAGGAUAAGAGGAUAGAGGCAGACAGGAGCGUUUGUUUAAUUUGAUUUUUCUGGGUUGUUUUUGUUUUUAUACUGUGUAGUUUUCAUGCCUGCAAGCCGAUGUGAAAGCUCUACCUCGUCUGAGCCAUUCUCAGUUCUGUUACACUUUUGUACAUCAUUUCAAAAAGAUGUAAUGUCAUGUCCACAAUAAAGACACGCAAAAUGGCACCUGUUGGCGCUGUUU